AAAUAAAAAUAAUAAUAGAAAAAGGCAUUAUCCAAAUCCCCCUCGGUAGCCUACACUCUAGAAUAUUUCCGAGACAUCAACGUUUUCUCAAAUUUUUUAUUUUUCCGCGUGUCAACAUCGCGUUCAACCUUCACGGCCCUUUCACGCAGUUACAAGACCUAUCAAGAACUUUCUUCCGACCCAUAACCGCCGCUUUUAUAAUAUCCCCCUAAAACUUCCUUCUUUUCACAACCAGGGAACAAAGGAAGGGAAAAAAAACAAAAUCGAAUACCAAAAAUUCAGCCCUAAAAGUUAGCAGCGCUUUCCAUAAGUCCAUUCCAUCCACUCUCAGCUUUUGAAGUUUAGGAUGAUGUGGAAUCAGCCGUACCGGAAAAAUGAUACGGAGGCCGGACCCAGGCCUUUGUAUCCGAUGAUGUUGGAGCCGCCGGAGAUGAGGUGGGCUUUUAUCCGGAAAAUUUACUCAAUCGUGGCCAUCCAAUUGUUGGCUACAAUCGCGGUGGCCUCCACGGUGGUUACUGUCCGCCCGAUUGCUCAUUUCUUCGUCAGCACUGGCGCCGGAUUGGCUCUUUACAUAGUCCUAAUAAUCACGCCUUUCAUUGUUUUGUGCCCAUUGUAUUACUAUCACCAGAGGCAUCCCGUGAACUAUCUUCUACUUGGAGUUUUUACCGUUUCUCUGGCGUUUGCAGUUGGAUUAACGUGCUCUUUUACCAGCGGGAAGGUUAUUUUGGAGUCUGUGAUUCUGACAGCUGUUGUGGUCGUGGCUCUUACUCUGUACACCUUCUGGGCUGCAAGGAGAGGCCAUGAUUUCAACUUCCUUGGCCCUUUCUUGUUUGGUGCCAUCCUUGUUCUUAUGGUUUUUGCUUUGAUCCAGAUUCUCUUCCCACUGGGUAGAUUAUCUGUUAUGAUCUAUGGGUGCCUGGCCUCUAUCAUAUUCUGUGGUUAUAUCAUAUACGACACAGACAACUUGAUCAAGCGCUACUCAUAUGAUGAAUACAUAUGGGCUGCUGUAUCUCUGUAUUUGGACAUAAUCAAUCUCUUCCUCUCGCUGCUUACUGUUUUCAGAGCUGCAGAUAGUUAAAAGAAGAUCACGGUGCCUCUCCUAUUUCCUUUUCCAGGUUCAUAAGAAAUUCUUAUUGACCACAUAAAUGUUGCUGUUAUCUUCUUUUUCCUAUAUUUUUUGUAAGUGGUAAAUGUCCAGGAUGUAAAAACGGCCAAAUGUGUAUUGUUACACGGAUGUCAUAGUUGAUAGAAUGGAAGCUUUUGUUUGCUUGCAUUUUUUAUGGUGCGGGAUCUCACCUCCUGGAAAAUCUUUGCUUCUAUUGAUUGAUAACAACUUCCAAGGGAUGUAGAAGAACUAACUUAAUGCUCACGUACGCUUUCUCA